UCCAAUUUAUAAGUGAGUGCGAUUCGCAGCACCAGCCAGCACCACUUGCCACGAAGAGCGAGCAUGGAUAGGAGGGCGUGCGCUUCCUUGCUCGUGCUCGUCGGCGUCCUACUCGCUCUGGCAGGCCCCGUCGCCGGCGGGAUGAAGGCAACGUUCGCAGCCGGUGCAGGGGUCGGGGACGCUGCGGUGCUGCGGCGGCUGAUGUCGACGAGGCUGGAGGACGGCGUCGCGCCGGAGCUCACGGUGGACCUGGAGCUGCACCGCCGCGUCCUGGCCGGCGCCUUCAAGCCGCAGGUCUUCAACCCCGACCGGGCAGCCUGCCCGCGGUCGUGCCCGGCGCCCGGGAGGCCGUACGUCGGACGGGGCUGCGAGGACAUAUACCAGUGUCAUCACUGAGCGAUCGGUUUCUCAAGUGAUCGCCAUGGAUGGACGCGUGCGAGCUUAUCAAUCGGUUCGUGUGCCUUUCCUCUGGCUUGAUCCCUCGCUGAAGUCUUCAUCGCAUUGCUAGCUACUGUUGCUAUUUGCUGUAUCUUGAAAUAAUGUACGCGUCACUGUUCUCUUGGUAGUGCAGAUGAUGACAAAGAAUUGUUAUGACUAUAUCAAUCUUCAGAAUUUGUGGUUGCCAUUGCCAGUAUGAAUAAUAAGGUCUACAUUUUAAUUUCUUCUUA